AUGGAGGUCCCUCCCGAAUCGCUUCAGCAGCUUCGCGUCGCCGUCGCCCGGUGCCAGCAGGAGCUCGACAGCUUCACCACAGAGGACACCGAUCUCGCGCGCUCGUUAGUCGAUGAGCUCCGCCGGCUCUUCUCCGGGCCGGCACUCGGCCUCAAGCGGCCAAAGCGGCCGCGCUCGAGCGAGCCGGUCGAUCCGCUCUGGCUCUCCGACUCCGAGCCGCCUCCGCCUCCGCGCCUCCUCGACCUUCCCGCCGAGCUGGUCGUGCACGUCCUCAAGCGGCUCGCGACGGCCGACCUCGGGCGGAUCGCGGGGACGUGCCGGUACCUACGCGGCGGCGCGGCGUACGGGCGGCGGGCAAUGUCGCCCGUCGAGGCCGCCAUCCGCGUCCGCUCCCACAAGAGCGGCGUCGUCGCCCCAACCAGCCUCCCCGAGGUUGACGGCGCCUGGGAGGGGCAGCUCUUCUCCUGCGGCACCGAACUCUCUCCCGACGGCUCCCGCGUGCGCGGCCUCCUCGGCCACGGUGGCUUGGUCGGAUCCGUCCCCAUCGCCGCGGUGCCCGUGCCGGUGCGCGGGCUGGCGGGCGUGCGGGUAAGCGCCGUGGCCGCCGGCGCUUGCCACUCGCUCUGCCUGGUGGAGGGCGGCGCUCUCUUUUCGUGGGGCAGCGCGGCGGGCGGGCGGCACGGCCACGGCGGAGGCACUGACGUGGUGGAGCCGCGCCGCGUCGAGGCGCUGGCGCACGAGGUUGUGGUUGCCAUGUCGGCGGGGAACCUGCACUCGCUGGCGGUUGCCCAGACGGGGGCCGUGUACUCGUGGGGCGGCGGGCUCUUCGGCGCACUCGGCCACGGCAGCGAGGCGGCGGAGGAGGCGCCGCGCCGCACCGAGAGCUUAGGUGUGAAGCGGUUGUUGUCGAUUGCGACGCGGCUCGUACCGACGCCCGUGCGUGCGCUGCGCUGGCUGCGGAUGGCUGCGGUCGCGGCCGGCGACUACCACUCGCUCGGCGCCGUGCACUCGUGGGGCGCGGCGGGCACCGUCGGCAACUGCGUCAGCGGCGACCAGCUCGAGCCGCAGCUCGUCUCUAAUAACGCAAUAAUAGAAUCGAACAACAUCGUACAAAGAAUAGGCGACCAGCUCGAGCCGCAGCUCGUCGCUGCUCUGCGGGGCGCGUGCUACUACCACUCCCUCGCCCUCGCCGACGGCGGAGAGGUGUACUCGUGGGGGUCGGGCUCGCACGGCAAGCUGGGCCACGGCGACAAGCUGCCGCAGGUGGAGCCCCGCCGCGUGCACGCGCUGCGCGGGGUGCGGGUGCGGUCGGUGGCGGCGGGGGUCGGGCACUCGCUCGCCACUGCGGACGACGGCGCCGCGUAUGGGUGGGGCGACGGCUCGGACGCGACGCUUGGGCUGCAGCUGCGGCGGGACCAGCUGCUGCCGCUGCGCUACCCGCACUUGCGUGUGGCGCUGCAGUAG